CGCCGUUCCGUAGUCAUCACAUUGCCUUGGAAUGAUAUUUCUCGAUUUUCGUAGCCGUGUUUUUCUGUAAUUUCGUGAAUAUUUUGAUAUAUUUGCCCGAAAACACGAAUGAUGAAAAACUAACUGAAUUUGUUCGCGCACAUCCCGUACUGUAGACCAAUCAAAUUUCAAGUACAUGGACUCAGAUUGUAAGAAUUCUAUAUGGAGUAAAAUAGGAGCGGAAAUGAAAUCAGAUAGUGGCAAUGCACUGCUCGAGCACGGAGAAAAUAACAUAUUGACUGUUGUGAAUCGAAAACACUUUGAGGUCACAUCAGCGGGAAUCACUGUCACAUCAAGUCACGGUGUUAAACAGGUAAAGUGUUGGAUGUAUGAGGUUUAUGUCGAUCGCCGUAAUGAAACGCGGAUUUACUGGGAUGAACGACGUUGGAAUGACUUCGCUAAAAGAGCAAGCCAAGGCCAAGGCUUUGUGUGUUUAUGGACUAGGUAUAAUGAUCGGUUCAGAUUUUAUGGUUAA